AUGCACGGCACGCAGGGGGUGGGGGGUGGGGGGGGGGGGGGUGUCUGUGGUAUGGCUCCUGACAUGAAUGCCUGCUGGUGGAGAGUGAUGGCUACGGGACAAACUGACUGCUCCAGGACUAUUAUGGCUUCUUUGUACCAGAGAUUCACCGGGAAGAUCAAUACGGCCAAUUCAUUCCCGCACCCACCUGAGGCCAGCCACCUCCUGGGCGGACAGGUCAUAGAUGAGGACAACGUGGCCAGGACCCCUCAGCCUCACGCCGACGGCAGACCCCACGUGCAAUACCGAAAGAAAUGCGUCAGAGAGGACGAGGAUGUUUGUGGUGUUAACCUUGGGGUCACCUCCAGUCCUGAUGUCCCCUGGAGUCGUGCUCGAGCAUGA